GUUCCCCGACGUGCUUCGUGUUCAGUUGGAAGCCGGCAUUCGUACUCUGUGUACGCGAUCAAGUCUUCUCUCAGUCUUUGUGUUCUCGCAAUGGAUAACUAAUUUUUUAUAGUGUGCAAGAUUCGGGAUCAAACAUUCAAGCGGAUUUUACCUUUAAAUUCCUCCGGAUAGAAGUGUUUUCACCGUAGAAAAGGGUAGGAGAAUGCUGAAGCAUGUGCAGCUGAGCCCUUACAGGCAGAGGUCGCACGAUACUGUUAGCCUUAGCUCGACGGCCAGCUAUUCAAGCCUGAGCAGGUCUUCCAGCUACUCGAGCCUGAACGAAACUAACUCACCGACAAGCACGAUCAAGGUGUACGCGAGGUGCCUUCGGCCGGACAUCGAGUACAAAACUCUGGGCAUCACAUAUCAGACGACAUGCAGGGAAGUUGUCACCUCACUCCUCAACAAAUACAGAAUGAGACACAGGGACCCCAAUCUGUUCUAUUUGACAAUGGAAGUGACGGUCAGGAAAGCAGGGAUAAGAACGGUAAUUGUCUUAGAUGAAGAAUCAAGGCCUGCGGUACUCCAGUCUUGUCGUCCUAGAGGAGAUUCAAAGUUUGCACUACAAAUUAGAAAUGGUGGGCUUGUGAAAAUUUAUGACAGCGUCCUCAUGCCCGGUUCAAAAUACAAGAGCUUGCUUAUAUCAGAGUACACUUCAGUUGACGAGCUCAUUCAAAUCCUACUGAAUUGUUAUAACAGUAAAGAAAGGGUUGAACAGUUUUCACUCUAUGAGGUUUGUGAAAGCCAAGAAUAUCAGAGGAAACUCCACCCAGAUGAUUAUCCUCUCCAGGUACAGAAGAGCUGGAGUCAAAACCUCGGAUUUCAUUUCCUGUUGAGACGCAACCUCGACUAUCGCUUAAGGAGGAGCAAGAUUCCAUGGACUCCUGAUCUUCCAUCGAUACCAUGCUCCUCCCGACAGAGCAUUGCAACCGAAACAGUUUCUUCUUACCCAGACUACCAGAAUUAUUUUUACAUUUAAGAUAAAAACUCACAUUGAAAAAGAUUGCAUUUUUCGAAUUUUCUGGUAAAGCUUUUUUCGAGGAAGAGUUGGCAUUGCAAGAAGCUGUAGUUCCAGGAUUUUUUCCCCUAGAGACUAAAAUAUAUAUUACACAUACAUACAUAUAUAUUUUUUUUGUAAAAUGGCAUGUUCCUUUUAUGUAACUGGCACCAUUACAAUUGUAGUUUUUUUCAAAGCAAAAUUGGAUAAAAAAAAGUUUUUUUUUUUAACUUCUGAGUUACCAUUGUACUGAGGUAUUGGAGAAAAAAAAAUUAUAUUUCCUUUACCAGUAUAAAAGUCAUUAAAUGUAUUCAUUUAUAAUAUGUGAAUUGUAUAAAUGUAGAAUAUAAAUGAUAUGUAAUCUUUACAAAUGUACAAUGAAAAAUUUCUUUCUUAAUUAAUCAUAGUGUGUUCACUUAAGCUUUGUUUAUUGUGCAAUUCACUAAAGUUUGUAAACUAUAAUUUUUUAAAAACAUAUAUAUAUUUUUUUUUGCAUAGGUUUUGAUAGUAAUUUAGAAUAUUUCAUUACUUCUAGUUUACUGCUAUAAAUCCAAAGAAUCUUCUUUUUUUUAAUGUGUUGUUUUGAAUUACUAAAUACUUUUCUUCUUCUAAAUAUGUAUCUACUGCAUUUUUGUUUGUAUAUCAGCCUCAUUAAAUAUACAAUCAAAUAAAUUUUUUAAUAUACACACAUAUAUUUUUUUUAAAUUCGAUAAAUAAAAAAGGAGGUUUUAUUUAAUUAUCAUACCAAGUUUAAAAAAAAUUGGUAAUGUAGAACAUAUUUAUUAGAUUGUUUAUAAACCGUGUAUUAGGUUGCUUACGUGCAUUUGACGCCAAAGAGUUUAUUUGUAAUAUGUUUUAUAUAUAGUUUCAUUCAUAUAAGUGUAUAUAUGUAAUUCUUUUUUUCUCUCUUGGAAAUAAAUUUUUUUAGAAAUAAC